AUAUUCGCAGCCAAAAAGUCCCAUGUGCUGUGUUGUGGUCUCAACAAUCCCUUAUUCCUAAGUACACUACACUACACUCAUCUUUGAAUCCCAACUUUCUCAAUUCUCAUCUCAUAUUUAUCAUAUCAGUGAAUUGAAUUGAUGGGGAGUGCAUCAUCUAUGUUAACUCAAUAUGAUAUUGAGGAAGUUCAAGAACACUGUAAUCAUUUAUUUUCUCAACAGGAAAUAGUGUGUUUGUAUGAACGCUUUUGUCAACUUGACAGAAAUGCUAAAGGCUUUAUUUCAUCUGAUGAAUUCUUAUCCAUUCCUGAGUUUGUUAUGAAUCCACUUUCUCAGAGGUUACUCAAGAUGGUUGAUGGUUUGAAUUUUAAAGACUUUGUGGCCUUUUUAUCUGCAUUUAGUACAAAAGCUGGUACACACCAAAAAGUUGAACUUAUUUUCAAAGUAUAUGAUUCGGAUCGUAACGGAAAGGUGUCUUUCAAGGACAUAUUGGAAGUUCUAAAAGAUUUGUCUGGUUCAUACAUGUCUGAUGAUCAAAGAGAGGAAGUCUUGGGCCAGGUUCUGAAAGAAGCAGGAUACUCAAAAGACUGCUACUUGACAUUGGAUGACUUCAUUAAGGUUCUUGGCCAUUCUGGAGUAAAAAUGGAUGUUGAAGUCCCUGUUGAUUAAAAUUUGCUUGUAGUUUACCAUGUUCUGUUGAAGGAUGAAAUUGUAAACUGUAUUCAUGGCAUUUUUGUGUAAUAGUUCAUGUGGAAAUGAGAAGUGCACAAAUACAGUUGUCCCCUUUUUUCUUGGGAUUCUUGUAAAACAGUUUUCUUCCAGCCACUAUCCCCAUUGGAGCUAAUUUGAUAGCUUUUUAGUUUGAUUAAGGUUUUUGCAUUCCUGGACAUAUUUUACAACCUUGUUUGGUUCCCUGAAUUCAAACUUGAGUCAGUCCUUUCUA